AUGAAUAAGGCAACAUCUCUGCUUGGCAAUGUUGUUUGCACAGUUGGCCCAAAACUCGUACGAUAUGCUUCAUCAACUCGAGAGGCAGGAUCAUUUUCAAGAAAAGUUGCCGUUUUGGGUGCAUCGGGUGGUAUUGGACAGCCUCUUUCAUUGUUACUCAAAUUAAGUCCGUUGAUUAGUGAUUUGUCAUUGUAUGAUAUUCAACACACAAAAGGCGUUGGAGCCGAUCUUAGUCAUAUUGAAACACGGGCAAAAGUGAAAGCAUAUGUCGGUCAAGAACAGUUAGGUGAUGCAUUAAAAGGAAUGGAAUUAGUUAUAAUACCGGCUGGUGUGCCAAGAAAACCAGGUAUGACCAGAGACGAUUUGUUCAACACAAAUGCAACAAUCGUAGCUGAUCUUAUUUCAUCUUGUGCUAAGAAUUGUCCACGAGCAUUGAUAGCUAUUAUCGCAAAUCCGGUAAAUUCAACUGUUCCAAUUGCCUGUGAAAUAAUGAAACACCACGGUGUAUUUGACGAAAAGAAAGUUGUUGGUGUAACGACAUUGGAUGUUGUUCGAUCAGCCACGUUUGUUGCUGAAGCAAAAGGUUUAGAUCCAACACGUGUGUUUGUACCAGUGAUUGGUGGACAUGCAGGAAACAGUAUCAUUCCCUUAUUAUCACAAGUAUCACCACCUGUUUCGUUUUCAAAGCAAGAGUUAGAGAGUCUAACAAAGCGUAUUCAGAAUGCUGGUACUGAAGUUGUCGAAGCAAAAGCUGGCACUGGUUCAGCAACAUUGUCAAUGGCUCAUGCUGGUGCAAGAUUUGCAUUUUCAGUACUAGAAGCAUUAAGUGGAAAAGAAGGAGUUGUUGAAUGUGGUUAUAUAUCAUCACAAGAAACCGAAUUCAGAUAUUUUGCAACACCAUUGUUAUUUGGUCGUAAUGGUGUUGAACGUUCACACGGUAUCGGAAAAUUAUCAGAAUAUGAAACAAAAUUAAUAGGAGAUGCAAAAUCCGAAUUAACCAGUAAUAUUAAAAAAGGCGAAGAAUUUGCUAAAGCCUAUCUUCAAAAACAAUCAAAAUAA